AAAUAAAAUUCUUAAAAAGCUUUCAUCAUUCAUUUCAAUAAAAAGCCUCAAGGCACAAGCUGUAAUAAAAAGCAACAAACUCAAAAAGUAAUGGAAUAUUACGAAAUAUUUGGACAUGUCUGCACAUUAAAGGAUGAAGAAGAUCUCCUCCAAAAGCAUUUAAUCGGUAGAUCAAAAUUCAAAAAAUUCAUCAUCAAGUGGACAACGAUUGAUCCACAAUCAUUCGUAGCAACUGAAUUCUUCAACAGUCAUUCAUCUGUGGUCAAUGAAAUGAAAUCCCAUUUAGAAAAUCAUCCAAUGACUAUUCAUCCGUAUUCACGCUUCAAAUUUAUAUGGGAGUUCUUUAUGGCAACGAUAUUUCUUGUCGGAUUGAUUUAUGUUCCUUUACAAUACAUGGAUUAUGUUGAUGAUAAUCUCGAGAAUGAUUUUGGCAAUGUGAUGAUAAUGGAGGCUGUUAAAAUUUCUUGUAUGGUCGAUAUGGUGAUGCGGUUCUUUAUGGGAUUUGAAAAGAAUUAUGAGAUUAUCCUUGAUAAGAAACAAAUCGCUCGAGAAUAUCUCCGAGGCUUAUUCGUCUUCGACCUUUUAACAAACAUCCCAUUCUUUGUUGGUCUCGCAUUUCAGUUGGGUCCAAAUGAUAUGGAAUCACAUUUUAUCAAAAUUACUACACUUUUACGCAUUUGCCGAUUGUCAACCUUUAUAAAAUAUUGUCAACGAGGUCUUUCGAGAUUUCAGAUGAGCGAUGAAUUCUUAGAUAUCUUUCAAUUGCUAAUGUACUGGAUAAUUUGCAUUCAUUGGACGGCUUGUCUUCAUAUCCUACCAGGCAUCGUUGUUGGAAAGUUUCAAAAGAAUGUCAAGGUUAAUGCCUGGUUUGAGAAUGAAAUAUUUUACAAACAUGAUCCGCUCGGCAAAUAUGUGAUUUGUCUAUUCAAAAGUAUUAAGACUGUAAUGGGAACAGGAUAUGUAAAGGAAUUGCAACCAAAAAUGUAUUUUGAUAAAAUUUAUGCAUCUGUUCUCACAAUCGUUGGACGUGUUAGUCUAUAUAUAACAUUGGCUUCUAUCUAUCGACUUAUACAAGGCGUGCGAAGCUCUACACUACGAUACGAUGAGAUGAUGGUGCAACUGAAUAAAUAUACAUCGUGUAAUCGCUUACCCAAAUCCACAAAAAUGAAACUGAAGAGCAACUAUGACUACAUGUUCUGCAAAAAUUACUUUAACGAGCAAGAAAUUCUCAAAACCAUUUCGGUAUCGUUGAGACAGGAGAUAAUGGUCCAUAAUACACGACAGCUAGUUGAAAAUUCGCCUUUCUUCGAAAAUUUACCAUCGUAUCUUGUAAUGAGAAUCAUCUCUGUCCUCAGUAUGGAAUUAUUUUUUGAAGGCGAUGUCAUUUAUGCAGUCGGUGAAAUGGGAACAUCGGUUUAUUUCAUAACAUCGGGAUCAGUGGCUUUAUACUCAUCGAGUGACAAAGAAGUUUGCCAUUUUACGGAUGGAGAUUAUUUUGGUGAAAUGUCAUUUAUAUCUGAUGAGUACAAAUACCGAUUUUGUAAGGCGGUUGCACUCGAAAUGACUGAAUGCUACAAACUUCGCAAAGAAGAUUUUCAAAACCUGCUCAUUUCAUAUCCUGAUCUUUUACAAAAAGUCGAGGCACUCGCGUUGGAACGAAUGGAAAAUGUUAUGAUGAUUGAGGAAUACGAAAAUAGUCCAAAAUAUACUGGUUAUGAGUCAAUCAAUCAAAAACGUUACUUUUCGAGUGACUGAGUUCACCUAAGAUUUAUAAAUAGUAUGUCAAGCAUGUAGAAGAAAAU